GGGGCGGUCUCAGAUUAUGACUAGGCACCACAUAACGUCAGUUAAGUUUGAAAACAUGAUGUACAAAAUACAAAACCGGCCUCAUUUAUUCGGCUUUUCCAACAAACAAGUCUUCGCGGUGAUGUCGUUCUCUGUAUUCGCGGUAAUGUCGUUUUUUGUGUUCGCGGUAAUGUCGAUCUUUGUAUUCGCGGUAAUGUCGCUGUAUCAAAACUUAUGAUCUAAAACUGGAAAAGAACGAAAAGAUGAUAUUUCUUCGAUAUUUCGAUUGUGCUUAUAUACUCGGCUGACUGCAAAACACGACGGUGAAUACCCAGGGGUAAAAAAGUUGGCAAAACAAGGCGUUUUUUUUUCGUUUUUAACGACCAAAAAUCACGUUAAAGGUUUCAAAACCAACGCUUUUUUUGUCGUUUAAACGCGUUUUUCUUUAAUCUAUUCGUUCGAACAGGCGUUUUCCAGAAUUAGCGAACGAUCGUUAAAAGGGCUGUUUAAACGCGUUUUCUAACGACAUUAAAAUGAUAUAACUUCGAAUAUUUUUCUUUUUGUAAACGCGUUUCAACGAUCAUUUUAACGUCGUUAGAAAAUGCGUUCAAUAAAAAUGCCAGAAAACGGUUAGUUUAACGAUAGUUAGCAAACGCGUUGUCAAAGAACGCGUUAUUCUAAACUUCUGAACGACAAAAAACGCGUUUAAAGGGCUCUUUUAACGAUCGUCCGCUAACGUGUUCGGAUAAAACGCGUUUUUCAUGCCGUUUCUAACGGACGAGUUUAAAAUAUCAAAAUCAUCAUAAACCUGAUAUCUGCCAAACAGGUGAACUUCUUCUCAUGUUCUGUCACUACUUGUUCUAUGUUGGACACACAGAGCGUCUCUAGAAACGACAAUCCUUUGCAAAAUAAAACUAAAUUUCAUUUACUUUGUAUGAAACUAUACUUUUUUCUGUUUUUAGGCUAUAGGGUUUGAAGGAAAUGAAUUCCCAUUUAAUGAUGCCAACUUGCCUACUUCCGUAAACAAUUCUAAAGCAUCACAACCAAUAAACGGUGAUGUUUCUAACGGUAUGAUGUUGUUUUACUCUGUUAAUAACAUAUAGUAUUGUUAUCAAAGUCUAUUAGUCCUUCCACUCUCUCUCAAUGCUGUUAACAAUCAAGUUGAUAUAAUGCUUCUUUCUUAACUGUCGGCAAAAUAUUCUCAUUUUCUCCAUGAAACCCCUCUUUGAUUAAUAUUCUUGUUUAGAAAAAUUAACUUUCAUUCCAAAAUUUGCUAAUUUGGGUCCAUUAUUUAAAAUUUGUUCACCGGUCGCUUUAACUAGCAAUGAUGCUGGAAAUAUUAUUACUUGUACUAAACAUAUUUACGAGCACCAUAUAUUGCUUCAGUUUGAUAUUAUCCAUACAUUAAACGAUUACUUGUUAGAAUGUGUAACGGUUCAAUUGGAAUCAUAUGAUGAAUUUGAAAUUAUCGCUUACAUACCAUGCCUACUAAUUAAAUGCAAUCUAGACAAUAUUGAUAUAGAUAUGUGUGAUUAUAUACAACCAGUAUUGAAGUCUAAUUGGAAAGCAUUAUGGACACAAAUGGGUAGUAAACAUGAAGUACGAGAGACAUACGCUCUAUCAAUUUCAACAACAGUAGAGGAUAGCAUUGAAGAACUCAUUGACUAUACAGGCAUGCAAAAUUGUGAACAUAUGGAUAAUUUUAUUGAAGACCAGAUGACACGCAUUGUCUAUUUAGCAGGUAUCUAUUGUAGCGGUGAUGAUGUAUUGAUUAGAGCGAAAAUAAAUCUAAGUACAAUUGCAAGGAUACAAUUGUCAAUAAGAAGUACAAAUCAAUUAGCUGUAAAAGGUAUUGCCGCUGAUUUAGCGGCGUAUUAUGAUACUUUCAAUAAUCCUACAUCUCAAAAUCCAAGAUCCACAAUUGGCAUCAAACGUGAACGAACUACACCACCAUCAUCACAAUCCAUUACUCCACCUCUACCAUCACAAAUCGAAACUCCGUCAAAACGAACACAUCGACGACAAUCGUCAUCUGCUACUUCAACAUCGUUUUCCACUACAUCUCGAACACGUACGACAUCACAAUCAACAACCACAACCGAGGGUGGUGAUGAAGUGAAAAUAUUUACAUCGUCUGCAGUCAAUGAAGCAAAUGGACAAACUACAGACGACGAUGAUAUCGAUGUGGAUGGAAUCGAUGAUAGGUUAUCACCCGUCGUUGUAGAACCAGCCAGUCCAGUAAAGACUACCACCGACACAUUGAACAGUGAUACACCCCCGUCAAUUCAUCCAUCAUUUCCAAAUGGUUAUGGUGGUCUUUUUCCAUAUUUUCCCAUGUUACCAUAUUUUAAUGGAUAUCCUCCACAGACACCUACAUCUACAAAUAAUAGUACGACAAAUCUACAAGGUUUUGAUAAACUUCGAUCAAUCUCACCAGGAAUGUAUCCACCUUCUAUGCCUAUGGGACUGCUGGGAAGUCCAACAAGAGGUAAUCUGAGUAAUCCAAUGUUUAAUCCACAUCAGUCGCUACAUCCAUCAUUUCCGUAUGGUCAACAAUGGCGUCCAAAUUUAUUCCCAUUUGGUUUACCAUUUGGCUCUGGAUCACCUCGACAUCAUCAUUCACAACAUCCUAAUUUAUUUGAUGGAACAGAAAGAAGUUUAAAUACAAUAUUAAAUAAUCAAAAGCCGAAAAAACCUCACAUUAAAAAACCGUUAAAUGCGUUCAUGUUAUUUAUGAAAGAACAACGUCCACAUGUUAUUGCCAAAUGUGUAUUGAAAGAAAGUUCACAAAUUAAUAAAGUUUUAGGACAAAAAUGGAAAGAAUUACCAAGAAGUGAACAAGAUAAAUAUUAUGAAAUGGCUAAAGAAGAACGUAUUCGACAUAUGAAAGAACAUCCGGGAUGGAGUGCUCGUGAUAAUUAUGGUAUACGAAAGAAGAGAACACAAAAUGGUUUAGCACAUAAAAAACCACGAGAAAAAAUACAAACAGAAAAUGGUGAUUGUGUUAAUCAGAAAAAAUGUCGUGCUCGUUUUGGUUUAGAACAACAAGGACAAUGGUGUAAACAUUGCAAACGAAAAAAGAAAUGUACUCGUUUCACAGAAGAUGGUUGUUUAUCGAAUGGUGAUGGGAUUAAUGGCAGUGGAAAUUUAACGGGAGCCGAAUCAAGUUUAGAUGAAGAGGACGAAGAAGAUGAAGAUUUGAAUGAUGAAAGUAGAGAUAGCAAUGAAGAAAAUAAGAUGAAUUUAACAUUGACAAAUAAUCAUAAUCCUAUAAAAAUUGAACAAUUACCUCAAGUACACUCACAUCUUCAUCCUCUUCACUUAUCAAUUGCACGACCACCUCCACAACCACCACUACCACAGCAUCAACAAUUAUUACAGCCACAGUUUUUUCACUGA